ACAAGACGGACGACAAUCACCAACAGACACACUCUGACUCAACUUCACAGCACUGGGGGAGAAUAAAAAAACUGUUAAUCUGAGAAGAAAUCCUUCCCUUACGAGAGAUACCAGAGACACCGAGAGCUUUAUUCCUGAGCGCAGAAGAUGUGUGUCACUGUGCGCUUUGCCUUGUCGCUGCUGUGCGCCGUCAACGCGGCACUUGCGUCUCCGUUUGAAUCAGAGGAUGUGGUACCCGUGCGGAUAAACGCCAGAGUCCGCGGACGCUUCUGGAAGAGAAGCGAGGAGCAGCCGCGCUUCGUCCUCAGUGCGUUUGGCAGGGACUUGACCCUCCACCUGGUUCCGGACACCAGCUUCAUCGCGCCGUCCUUCACCGUGGAGCGCCUUUUACGCAGCCCCUCAGGUGCUCGACCUGCCCUCCAGAAACCACUCAACCGGACGCAGGAGAGCGCGGAGCAGCUGAGGAGCUGCUUCUACUCCGGCAGCGUGGAUCAGGAUCAGAACUCGGUUGUGGCUGUCAGUUUGUGCUCGGGCAUCUUUGGCUCCUUCAUCACGGAGGGGAAAGAGUAUUUAAUCGAGCCCAAACUCGGCGGCGGCGGUGAUCCGGGGCCAGAUUCCACCGAGCAGCUACAUGUCAUCAAGAGAAGGACGCACACCGACAGCCACACCGUCCCUCUCCGGUUUGACGGUGCGGAGGAGGAGACGGCGGAGGAGCACGACGGGGAAAGUUUUACGCACGGCCGCAGUGACGCACGGACGGAACCGCGCCGGAGACGCUUUGUUUCCGCGCCUCGGUUCAUAGAGACCCUGGUGGUAGCAGACUCCUCCAUGACCCACUUCUACGGAGAUGAAAUAAAGCACUACAUCCUCACCCUCCUGUCCAUGGCGGCCCAGCUUUACAAACACCCCAGCAUUAAGAACUCAGUGAACAUGGUGGUGGUGAAGAUGCUGGUGGUGGAGGACGAGGACCUUGGUCCAGAAGUCUCCAGCAAUGGGGGCAUGACCCUGAGGAACUUCUGCUCCUGGCAGCAGCACCUUAACCCGCCAAGCCAGAGGCAUCCAGAGCACUACGACACUGCCAUGCUGUUCACCAGAGAGGACAUCUGCGGACAGAAGAGCUGCGACACUCUGGGCGUGGCCGACGUCGGGACGAUGUGUGAUCCCAAGAGGAGCUGCUCGGUCAUCGAGGACAACGGCCUGCAAGCUGCCUUCACAGCUGCACAUGAGCUGGGUCACGUGUUGAGCAUGCCCCACGACGACUCCAAGACGUGCGAGAGGCUGUUCGGCGAUCUGGGAGGAAACCACUUGAUGGCUCCUCUGUUCGUCAACCUCAACAAGACGGCGCCGUGGUCCCCCUGCAGCGCGCUCUACAUCACCGAGUUCUUUGACAACGGGCACGGGGACUGCCUACUGGACGUCCCGGACAGCUCCAUGCCCCUCCCGAGAGAGCUGCCGGGCUCCAAGUACAGCCUGGACCAGCAGUGCCAGCAGAUCUUUGGAGAGGAGUUCAUACACUGCCCCAACACCUCCGAGAGCGACGUCUGCAGCCAGCUGUGGUGCCAGGAGGACGGCACGUUGCAGUGCUCCACCAAGAACGGCAGCUUGCCCUGGGCUGACGGCACCCCCUGCGGCCCCAACGGCACCUGCCUCCACGGAGCGUGCAUGCCCACCCAGGAAGUGAUGAAGCCACUGACGGUUGUGGACGGCGGCUGGAGCUCGUGGGGACCGUGGCAGCAGUGCUCCCGGACCUGCGGGGGCGGGGUGGAGUUCUCGUACCGGGAGUGCUCCGACCCCGUGCCCCAGAAUGGAGGGAAGUACUGCGAGGGCCAGAGGGUUCAGUACCAGUCCUGCAACAUCCAGCCAUGCGACAACAGCCAAGAAAAGAGCUUCAGAGAGGAACAGUGUGAGAAGUACAACAGCCUCAACUACCUGGACUAUAAUGGCAACAUGAAGCAGUGGAUACCAAAGUAUGCUGGAGUUUCUCCCAGAGACAGAUGCAAGCUGUUCUGCAGGGCCCGGGGAAGCAGUGAAUUCAAGGUGUUUGAAUCCAAGGUGACCGACGGGACGACCUGCGGUCCCGAUACCACGUCGGUGUGUGUUCAAGGUCAGUGUGUGAAGGCGGGCUGUGACCAGGUGAUCGGGUCCAACAAAAGGGUGGAUAAGUGUGGAGUUUGCGGAGGAAGUGGACUCACCUGCAGAAAGAUUACAGGGUCCUACAACAAAGCAACCUAUGGAUACAGUGACAUCGUCACAGUUCCCAUUGGUGCAACAAAUAUCGACAUUAAACAGCGGAGCCACAAAGGAAUCAAACACGAUGGAAACUACCUGGCAGUAAAGAGGGAAGCUGGAGGGUACAUCCUCAACGGGAACUUCUCCGUGUCCACGGUGGAGCAGGACAUUCCUGUGCUGGGUGCAGUGCUCAAGUACAGCGGCUCCUCCACCACUCUGGAGAGGAUUCAGAGCUUCCGGCAGCUGAAGGAGGCCGUCACAAUCCAACUGCUCGCCACUGCCGGCGACGCUAACCCUCCGAAGGUGAAGUAUUCCUUUUUCAUCCCUAGAGACGUUACCUUUAACAAGUCGAAGGAAAGGAACAGCUUGUCGUCCUCCAUGCACAUGAUCCAUCCGUUCGGGAUGCCUGAGUGGGUGCUGGGAGAGUGGUCCGAGUGCUCCAAGAGCUGCGGCUCCGGAUGGUCCAGGAGGAACGUGGAGUGCAGGGACAGCGAGGGCUUCCUCUCCAGCCUGUGCGACCAUGACUUGAAGCCCACGGACAUCCGGCCAUGUGGGGAUCUGCCGUGCCCCAUGUGGCAGAUGGGUCCGUGGUCUUCCUGCUCACGAACUUGUGGCCAGGGGGAGCGCCGCCGCAGCGUCGUCUGCAUAGACUACACUGGGAAGACUGUGGAGGCAGAGAAGUGCGAUCCCAACAAAAUCCCAGAGCCAGUUUCAGGAGAGUGCUUCAACCACGACUGCUUAUGAAGAACCAGAUUACCAUGAACUUUGCGUGCACUCACCAACUGAUGGAUGACAGAACUUCAUACACCAGGAACAGGUCCCGGUGCCCCAUGGCUGAAGCGACAGAGCCACGGCAAACUGGUACAAACUAGAAAGAGACACACAGUGACUACAGAGACGCUCAAAACAGGAGACGCAGGAGGAAUGCAAAGGUCCACGACAGGGUCAAGACCAAGAGACGACUUCAACAAGAUACAAGAUCAAGACUCCAACCAAGAUGAACGAAAAUCCUGCUUCAAGACAUUAAGCAACUACUAAGACAGUUGAACCUCAGAGCAAAGUAAACCAAUUUAAAGGGACAUAAAACAAAAAAGUGUCUCAAAUUAACUGCAUAAUAGCAUAGAAUUAAUUAAAUUAAAAACUUCAAUAGCUGCAGGACACCAACUUGAUUUUCUUUUGUUGAAAAUUUGGAAGUUAUGAUUCUGAAAAAUUCUGAGAUUCUGCAGAAAAUACUGUUUUCUGCAGUUGGUAGUCUUCUUGUGGGCCUUUGGGGAUCUUCCCUCUGCAGGAGGAGUCAUACAUGUCAACACAUGGGGCCCAUUGUUUCAGUCCAUCCAUGUUUCCACCUUGUUACAUUGAGGGCUAUAACCUGAAAAAUGUCUUGUCAUCUUUUGUCAACAUUAGACAACCACUAGAACAAUUUGAAGCGAUGGAAAUCUACCUCAAGCUGUGCAGUGAUUUGAAAGUGAAUUCACCACUAUGUUUUCCUCUUAUUUUUUCUCUUCAUGAGCUGAAUUACAGUCACUUUAAUCUGGCUUUCUCAAUGGGAGUUUUUAAAAACCAACAUCGAAGAUUAAACACAGAUUGUUAUACACUAAAGGCAAUUGGUAUCUACCCCGUUUGAAAUUAAAUUAAAUCUAUACAUUGAGUGCAAAUCAGUAGAUUGAUCCUUGCACUCUCACUGAAAUGGUGUCAUAGUAGUAAUAGUAUAAAGAUUAGUGAAGGUUUGGACUAGAGCUGAUGGGAGACUCCAAGGUGACUGAGUAAAUGUUAGUUCUUUGGCCAAAUGGCCAAAAAGAAACUUAGACUUUGAAUUUUCUCCCUUGGUUUAGUUUUUCUUUUUCGGAAGAUUGCUUCAAAAAUCAAAAGGUUACGCUCGUUGCUGACCAUAAAUUAACUAUACAUGUCUUGACCUUCUUCUGUGUCAGACCUAUAAUGGAUUAACAAUCCUGACAGGGAGCGAAUGAUCCUUCAUCUAUUUUAUAUCAAACUUCAUCCAGUUCGGGGUCACACUGGAGCCAGUCAAUUGCAAGGCAAAGAGAGUCACACACCUAGGGGCAAGUUUCGGUCACCGGUCAACCUCAAAUGGAUUAUUUAGGACUGUGGCAGAAAACCGGAGCACACAGGUAAAAUAUCCAAGCUCCUUUCAGAAAACCCUGGUCAGUAGAUGAACCCAGACCUCCUGCUUGUGAAGUGAGAGUGCAAACCACUGCUCCACCGUGUGGCCUGUUAGCAUUUCCUUUAGUUUUUCAUUUGUUUUUAUUCGUUUUUUAAAUUCUAAUCAAAAAGCCAAACUAUUUGACCAUCAUGCCGAUUAUGAAGGAAGUAAAUGGGGGAAAACAUCCAGUGUUGAAAACUUUUUGAGUACAGUCACUGUACGUGUGAUGCUAUGUACAGAAGCUAAAUGAAGGUGUGGUGUGUGUUUUCUCCAGAAUGAGAAGCUUUCCAGUCCCUCUUCAAUAGAUAAUAACUUUAUGGACAGUCCACGGUUUGAUUCCCUGAGUUACCCGUCAGUCUUUGCAGAACUCGAACCUGCUGUCUGACUCCAGCACCUCCACAGAACUCCCUCCAAACCCAUUAAAUCCCCUGUUUCUGAGAUAAAUCCAUGAGUAUUACAGCGCUCACAUUCAAAUGUCUCUGGAAAAUGUGCUUAUAUGAUCUGAGAUGAAUGUUUUUAUGAUUAAAAUGAACAUUGUGGACCUGUGGUCAAACCACGCACUGACAGUUCAUUAAUAAUAAUAAUAAUGCAUUGGUUUUAUAUAGACUUGAAGAGGAGACACUUGUAGCCAUCAUCAAGUCGGAUCCUGAUCUGGAUGCAGAAAAUUAAUAACUAAUCCCCCAUAUACGCGGCAACAAUUUCAAGUGAAAGCGCAAUACUUUUGUUGCAUUUUGUGUGUCUGUUUACAUGACAACGGUGCUCAGAGUCACUGAAAAUGCAGCUUUUUGAAAUCGACUCCCAAGAUUCAACUUCUCGAGUGUCCAGAUUCUCCUGGACUUGGUAGUUUUAUAGUUGACAGUCAUCCGGACAUCAUUUUCCUGGUGUUGCUGUGUAACCGUGAAACUUUUCAGAAACAAAAACACCAACAGGAAGUGUCUUCACUUGAAAAGUUGUUGUUUAAACGGUUAAAAUUGUGAGUUUACACACUGUGUAAAGAUAGUUAGUGGUCAUUACUGACCAGAAAACCCCCUGACAGAGAAUCUUCCUCUGCCCCGUAGUUAAAUUUCAGCCUUUCCUUGCCUUUGGUGUAUUGCAAUGCAGUAGACACUAUUAGCAAUGCUCACAGUCUAUGAUGCAAAAAAUGUUUAUUUGGAUGUGUUAAUACUAAGUUAAGUGAUGAGCAUACUACUAUCUAUCUUAUGUAUGAAAAAUAACUAAGUUUAUCCAGACUUUUUGUUGUUGUCGUUGUUGUUCUGGCACCAUAUGGUCACAGUUGUUUUCAGACUCUUGUAUGUAUAUUUGAUUUCUUCAUUCCUGUUGUUAAUUUACAGUAUGUUAUAAAAGAUGGCGUAGUAGGCCUAUAUCCCUUCAGUGAAGGUCCAUACUUUUUUAUUAUUACAGCUUCCUUUUAAGCUAUUUAUUUUUGUAAAGUUUUUACUUUAAAUGUGUAAUUAACUUGGCAGAUGCUGCUGUCGUUUGACAUUUUCUUUUGUCUAUAAAGUGGUCAAAUAAACACGUCAAUACCUGGUGCUCCAUUACUGUGUAUCCGCCGUGACAGCCCAAGAGAAACAUGUCUAAUCCUAAUCCAAAUAAGCUGGGACAAUGUUUUUUUUUUAAA